GUGUAGGACUGUAUAAGUAAUUCCAGGCCCUGGCAUACCUCCUAUAGCCUCAAAGUCCUACACAUCACAUCCUCUUUGUAUAUAAACCUUUCUCCCACCACCCAACAACCCUCUUAAAUCUCAAACCAUCUAUGACCAUUCCUUCUCAGCAAACAAAAACAAUAACAACAAACAUCAACACCACCGGCCACCCCCAAAAGAAACCACCACCAUGCCCCCCCAACUCCCCCCCACCCUCCGCAUCCACCACAACCCCGACCCAACCGCCCCCAAACGCCGCUCCCUCCUCGCCACCACCGCCCUCCCCACCCCGGGCACAACAAUCGCAACCUUCACCACCCCCCUCCUCGCCCUCCCCGACGGCGCCAGCAUGCGCACAACCUGCAACUACUGCCUGCGCACCCCCACCUCCACCGGCCCCAACCCCACCUCAGGAACCCCCACCUCCCCCUCAGGAACCCAACCCCCCUUCUCGCUAAAAGCAUGCACCGCCUGCAAAGCAGCCGUGUACUGCGACCCCGCCUGCCAGCGCGCCCACUGGAAGGCCGGGCACAAGGGGGAGUGCGGCGUGUUUGGGCGGGUGCGCGCGCAGGCGGGGCGGGACUGGCUGCCGACGCCGGUGCGGGCUGUGGCGCAGGUGCUGUUGUUGCUUCACCAGGGUGGGGGGGGUGCGGCUGCGGCGCGGGUGAGAGAGGCUUUUGGCUGGGGUGUGAAGGGUAAGGAGGGGGAGGGGAAGGGAAAGGAGGGCGGUGGGGAUGAUGGGGUGGUGUUGGAGGGGAAUGUGGAGGGGUUUAGGAAGGACGGGGAGGUGUGGCGGGAUAUGGAGCUGCAGGCGAAGGGGGCGGUGGUGUAUGCUGGGCUGGGGGAGGGGGAGGAGGUGUUGAAGCAGGCGAGGGAGGUUUUGUGUAAGAUACAAACCAAUGCGUUCAACCGGCUGGAUGCGGACACGGGGAUGACGGGGAUAUUCUUGGAUGCUGGCUUGGCCAUGGUCAAUCACUCGUGUGUCCCGAACGCGUUCAUCGGGUUUGACAAGCGGACGGCGGUGUUGAGGACGGAGAGACCGAUCCAAGAAGGGGAAGAGAUCACCAUUUCGUAUAUCGACAACACGCUCCCCAAGACCGCUCGGCGCGAAGCACUCAGGCUGUACCACUUCGAGUGCGACUGCCCACGCUGCAAGGACGAUCUAGAUGUCUACGAGGUGUGCCAGUCAUCCCCGGAUAUUCGCCUCAACUCGUUCAGCCUCCAACCAGACCUGGCAAAACUGCGGAACCCAUCCAUCGACAGGUCAAAGGUCUCCAAGGCAGAAAUUGACGCCAUCUACAAAAAAUGGCAGGCCCUGACGGUGCCGGAAGGGAAUGAUGAGGAAGACCACUUGAGGCUCGCUCAGGCUCGGUGGGAAGUGUGCCGGCCGCUGGUCGAGGCCGGGAUGUGGGCCGUGGAGCCGUUACCAACGACAAUCGGCCAGUUGGCCAUGAGCUGGCAAACCAGCUACAAGAUGGUCGUCUACGCACUGCCGCUGCUCUGUUUCAUUAGCACCGAGUGCGACCCCAUCAAGCUGGUGGCUCCCUUCAUGCCGUGGCGGAUCAAGGGCGUCAUGGGCAUUGUGAUGCUGUUGGCUGUAACGGGCGAGUUUACCGCAAGCGGGGAGCUUGCAACCAGGUGCACGCAUGAGGGCAUUGUGGGCACCCUCGCGAUGGCGGAUCAAGUCAGCAUGUGCGAAGCUUUACUGCGCCUGGCCAUUCAUCACGGAUCCAUCGGCGCGUCGGAGGACUGGGGAGUCCUUAAAGAAGCAAAGGCCAUGUUGGCGGACCUCGAGAGCCUGGAGGGACGUGAGCAGGAGUCGAAACUGCUUCGAGCAUGGGCAAGGGACCCGGAAGACCCGGAAGGGGCUGCUUUCUUCGAGAGCCAGGUGCUCGGGCCCAUUAAAGCCCUCUCAUCUUUUGCCGUCGAGACGCUAGAGGCAAUGCUGGAUGGGAAGAGCCUCGUCAAGAGAUAGGGACGCCACGGGUUGUAUGCGUCACCGUUUUGAGACGAGUUGAGGUAUCGUUUGUUGUCGUCGUUGUUCGGCCGCGUGAUUUUGCUCCUCGCUUCGCGGAGCUUGGUAUGCGAGUGAUGCCAUCGGUCUCCUCCAGAAUCCCCCGAUGGUCGGUACUUGGUGGGAUACUCGGCCAACUAGGCGUGGCAUACCGCCGAUUUGGGGGGUCUGAGUAGCCGAGAGAAGAUGCUGGCCUUUUGGGAGGAAGCUCUAGACCCGGGGAUACGCCACGUUUUCGCAUGGCGGGAUAGGCACUGGGAUAUCUUGGAAGACUUGAAGAAAUAGCACGGGUCGGUCGGCCGUCGUCAGUCACUUGUCUGCCCGCCUCUGACCGUUCGACCCUGCCCUUCAGGAUUUCGACCUCCAUCUGCAACGUUUCGACCUGAUUAGCCCGGUUGCUGAUUUUGGCAAUGG